CUAACCAAAUUAAAUAAUGACCUUGAUCCCAACAAGGUGUUAGUCAAUUUGUUAUACAAGUUAUUGGAAAAAUCAAAUCAAUUGAGCUAGCUGUGUCAUGUGUGGCUUAUCCUUCCAAAAGUCAAAUCAUCAUCAUCGUUUAUUACUUAGGAGUUCAUAAAUGAUAUGAAGGUCAAGGUCUAUGUGGUUCACUGGUUCCAUAUAUAAAACACAAAGUAGCAAUCAUGAUCAGAAGGUGGAUCGAUCGUUCCAAGAAGAAGAUGGGCAACAAAAACAGCAACAACAAAAACAACAACGACAAUACCAACACCAACAACACCACCACCAACAGCAACAUUGCUUCAAAAUGGCAACAACUCAGCGGCCAGGAUGACUGGAAUAAUCUGCUAGACCCUCUUGACAUCGACCUCCGCCAGUACAUCAUCCACUACGGCGAAAGGGCGCAAGCGACGUACGAUACUUUCAACACAGAGAAAGCAUCAAAGAAUGCCGGAAACACCAGGUAUGGAAAAGAUGACUUCUUCUCCAAGGUGAGUCUAGAACAAUGCAAUCCCUUCAAGUAUUCUGUCACCAAGUUUCUCUACGCCACGUCGAAAAUCGAUCUCCCGGAAGCGUUUAUUGUGAAGUCUCUGUCGAGAGAGGCGUGGAGCCGGGAAUCGAAUUGGAUCGGGUAUGUCGCGGUGGCCACGGAUGAGGGCAAAGCUGUGUUGGGGAGGAGGGACAUUGUUGUUGCUUGGAGAGGGACGGUGCAGACUUUGGAGUGGGUUGAUGAUUUUCAGUUCAUUUUAGUCCCUGCGCCAAAGGUGUUUGGUAAUAAUAGCAAGAAUCCCAAAGUGCAUCAGGGAUGGUAUUCUAUUUACACUUCUGAUGAUCCUCGUUCUCCUUUCAACAUUACCAGUGCCAGAGACCAGGUCCUAAGUGAGGUUAGAAGGUUGGUGGAGAAAUAUAAGAAUGAAGAAAUCAGCAUAACCGUAACAGGGCACAGUUUAGGUGCUGCAGUUGCAACACUCAAUGCAGUGGACAUUGUUGCAAAUGGUUACAACAAGCCAAGUGACCCGUCUAUACCGGCAUGUCCUGUAACAGCUAUUGUAUUCGCUAGUCCAAGAGUAGGUGAUAGCAACUUUCAGAAGGUUUUUUCUGGGUACACAAAUCUGAAAACCAUUCGCAUUCGAAAUGAGUUAGACAUUGUUCCAAACUACCCCUUUAUUGGGUAUUCAGAUGUGGGUAAGGAGUUGAUGAUUCAAACCCAAAAAUCAAUGUACUUGAAGAGUCCUGGGAAUCCGAGUAGUUGGCAUAACUUGGAGGGUUACUUGCAUGGAGUAGCGGGAACGCAAGGGACCAAAGGAGGGUUCAAAUUGGAGGUUAAUCGAGAUAUUGCACUUGUGAAUAAGAGUGUAGAUUCUUUAAAAGAUGAGUACUUUGUGCCUGUGUCAUGGAGGGUCGUCCAGAAUAAGGGGAUGGUUCAACAACCAGAUGGUUCAUGGAAGCUGAUUGAUCAUGAUGAGGAUGCCUGACUUAAUUUGAUAAUGUUUGUUUAGUUUCACAUUUGAGAUUGUUAUUUUGACAACAUUCAUGUGGGAACUUUGUCCUUUAUUUCUUCAUUGUUUCUUAGUGAUUUAUAAUAAAUGCUUUAUUUAAUUCAUGAAAGAACUAUAUUUUUUUUAAUUAUAGGCAUGAGCUAUAUAUGAUUUACUCACA